AUGAGUGAAUGGGACAGAUUGGUGGAGAAACUUCGUCACCCAGAAAAUCCAGUUGUUUUCUUUGAUGUUGCUGCUGGUGGAGCUCCUAUAGGUAGAAUAGUAAUGGAACUUUUUGCCGAUGUUUGUCCAAAGACUGCAGAAAAUUUUAGACAGUUUUGUACUGGAGAAAUGAGAAAAGACGGCGUUCCUGUUGGUUAUAAAAAUUCUCAAUUUCACAGAGUUAUAAAGGAUUUUAUGAUACAAGGAGGCGAUUUUGUUAAUGGUGAUGGAACAGGAAUGACUUCAAUUUAUGGACCCAAAUUUGCUGACGAAAAUUUUGAUUUAAAACAUGGAGAGCCUGGGAUACUUUCUAUGGCAAAUGCUGGUCCAGACACUAACGGCUGCCAAUUUUUCAUUACUUGUAAUAAAUGCGAUUUUUUGGAUGGAAAACAUGUUGUUUUUGGUCGUGUACUUGAUGGACUUUUGACUGUUCGAAAAAUUGAAAAUGUUCCAAUUGUACAAAAUAGCAAACCAAAAUUGCCUAUUGUUAUUGAAUUGUGUGGAGAACUUUAA